AUGGGUGGUACUCCUUACCAAUCCAAAGGCUGCAAUACUUGCCGUCGGAGGAAAGUCAAGUGCGAUGAAGCUAAGCCCGAGUGCAUGCGGUGCCUGAAGAACGGCCACGUCUGCACCGGAUAUGAAAGGAACUAUGUUUUCAUCCACAAUUCAAUUGAAUACGACAAGAUCCUGUUCCGGCGGUCGCGGGACCCUGUCAAGAAGGGAACUAGCCAAGCAGUCGAGUCCAGCUUGCCUAAGACGCAAUUGGAUAUUUCCCACUUCAAUGUCAAUUCAGGAGUGCGAACGCAAUUUGUCGCAAACUUCAUCGAUUGCUUCGAACCUUCGGCAGAAAUUCGGGACGGGAAAGGUGCUGCGGUCACGCACUUGCAGGAUACUUUUCCUCUCUUUGUUAGCAGCAGUCUAGUCCUCGACAAGGCUAUCACAGCCCUCAGUGCCGCGUUUCUAGCCAAGCGCCAACAUGAUCCGGACUUAUUAGUGUACAGCACGAGGCUGUACGGAGAAGCGUUGCAGAUCGUCCACAGUAGAAUCCAGUCAGGGCGCAAAUGUGGUCAAGAUUCGUUAUUUGCCACGGUCAUCUUCCAAUUAUAUGAGUUAAUCAAUUCGUCCCCCCUGGGCUUCCGCGCAUGGUUGGCCCACGUUCAAGGGAGCAAUGCCAUCCUGGCUCAAUACGAAAGUCCGAAUCCACCUAGUGUGUCUGAACAUCUCUUCUGCCGGCAGCUGAAGUUUGUCACCGUGUGUGAUGCCAUUGGCAUGCGAAAAUCAGUGUAUUCUUAUAAUCAAUUCUGGCGAGCCCCGCCAGUAGAGAAUCCAUGGCGACAGCCGGUCGAUGAUAUCCUCGACUUAAUCAUCAAAUGCUCGGAAUUAAUAGAACAGAUCGACGUUCUUAUACACCACGGUGUCCCUCGGCUUCUGCAGGACCAAAAUACGGCAAAAGUAUUGUUAUCUCGUGGCCUUUCUUUGAGAGACCAACUCGACUAUAGUUAUGGCGAAAUGCAGGAGAAGCUGGGAACACCCUGGUCUUCUCCCCACCAGUCGUCCUUUUGGACUGACCUCGACCACUCUAUCCCUCAGUACCUCUUCUCCAGCGUCAUUGAGUUUCCUUCCCUUACCUGCGCAGAAUCUCACUUACUCUGGUGGACCACCUUCAUCCUUCUUUAUCCACUAAUUAACGACUUACUCAUCUUCCUCGGUCGAUCGCGUAACAGUGUUUCCUUGACAAUAUGGGACGUUACAUCCUUAGAUCGCGAGAUACCGUCACAUGUGAUCUGGCCGUCGGGGUCUCCCGAAAGUUUGGUCGAUGUAGCUGAGCAUUAUGCAGACCUAAUCUGCCGCUCGGCCAAGUUUCUUGUCCAGCCAGAAACUAAGGCGAUGGGAGCUCAGAUCUUACUGGCUCCCUUCAGUCAAGCCACACAAUUCUUCCACAGCCAGGGAGCGACGGAAAAGCACCGAUGGUGCCAGUCUGUCUUCAUGGUCCUUCCCCGGUUGGGCUUCGGUAUUGCCCCAUUUCUGAAAGACAUGAUCUGGCCCAAAUAUGAAGCUGCUACUGGGAAAAAGGUUUCUUCCCCAGAGUCAGAGGCCAACUAA